AUGGGCGCUGCCUACCAUGGCGGCCAUGGUGGUCGAGGCGGAGGUGGUGGUUUAGACGGCGAGCCUGGUGGAAGAGUCAGUAUUAACGGCGGCGGCAGAGGCGGCCGUGGUGGUCGAAGGGGCGGCGGUGGUUUCGACGGCGAGCCCGGUGGAAGCGGCAGUAUCUACGGCGGCGGCAGUGGCGGCCGUGGUGGUCGAGGCGGCGGCUUUGGCUUAGAUAGCGAGCCCGGUGGAAGCGGCAGUAUUUACGGCGGCGGUAAUGGCGGACGUGGUGGUGGAGGCGGCGGAGGUGGUGUAGAUGGUGAGCCUGGUGGAAGCGGCAGUAUUUACGGCGGCGGCAGUGGCGGACGUGGUGGUGGAGGCGGCGUUGGUGGUUUAGACGGCGCGCCCGGUGGAAGUGGCAGUAUUUACGGCGGUGGCAAAGGGGGAGCCGGCGGCCGUGGCGGCGGUGGCGGCGGCGAUGGCGGCGGCGGAGGUGGGGGUGGUGGUGGCGGCGGUGGCGGCGGUGGUGGUGGCAGUGUCUACAUCGUUUAA